AUGGCGAAAAAAAGCAAACCAAAAAUUAGUAAGUUAAAGAGAACUAACCACACCACAAAUAAAAUGAAGAAGGCUGGUAAACUGAAAUUACAAAGGCAUAAACAGAAACUACAGAAACAAAAGCAACCUCUACAGAAGCAAAUAGAAUAUAGCAGUGAAAGUGAAGAGUCUACCAAUGAAUGGGCUGACAUGUUGGAUGAUGAGGAACAGAAGUAUAUUCUAACAAGGCUAGCAAAGCAACCUCAACUGCUGUCCAAUGUUCCAGAGGAGGAAGAGAGCAACAAGCAAGGAAAAAAAAGGAAAAGAAGUCGAGUGAAAGUACAGAACCAAGAACGUGACAGUGGAGCAGAAACUGAUAUGGAAGAAAAAUAUGAACAAGAACAGGCUGACAAACCAGUUAAGAAACUAAGACCAUUACUUCCCAUCAAGACAAAAGAAGGAAUUGUACAGAGAGCUGAGGAGAUGGAAUUAUCAGACACUGGAUCAAAUGACAAAGACGAAGAAUUGCAACUUGAAGAAUCUGGGGAUGAACAGGAACAUCAAGAAUCAGGGGAUGAAGUAGAUCCUGAAUCAGAUUCUGGUUUAGACCCUGGUGAGGAAGAAGGUAGAGUUGUGACUACAGUGGAGCUGUUGGCUGAGAGAAGAAAUCGGCUACAGCAUGAGAAACUAAGGAUUGGAGCACUUUGUUCCUCUCUGCUUGAGAGUCCAGAGAAAAAGCUUAAGAAUCUAUAUCCUAUUCUAUAUUUGAUGGAAGACAAACUAAAGGAUGGUUCUUUAAAUCUACUGUCAGUACGUAAGCUGGCAACUGUAUCUGCUGCUGAGGUAUUUAGCGAUAUUUUACCAGAAUACAGGAUUAGGCAUCAAGAUUAUUCUGACAUCAAAUUAAAAAAGGACACACUGGCUUUAUACAAGUUUGAAAAGGAGCUAUUAGAGUUUUACAAGAGAUACCUUGUUAGAGUAGAGAAAGCUGCUAAUUUAUUGAGAAAGAAGAAAGGCGAUAAUCGGAAACUAGAUCCACCGACAACUAGUCUAGCGCUACUUUCUCUUCGAUCAAUGUGCAGUCUUCUUGAAGCCAAGCCCAACUUCAACUUUUCAACUAACAUAGCCCAAAGUGUGGUACCGUUUCUAGACAGUCCCAUACCUGAAGCCAGGAGCUUAGUUACUGAAUGUUGCUGUAAUGUUUUUAAAGAAGAUAGAAAGGGAGAGAUCACCCUUGAUAUAGUACGUCUAAUUAACCAAUUAGUUAAACGCCGCGGUGAACGCUUACAACCAACCGCAUUAGACUGCCUACUGUCACUGAAGAUCGCAGAUGUUCAACUUGAUGCCGAGACGGAUAUUAAGAUGAAGAAGAAACAAGAUGAGAAGCAUAAGAAACGAAUUGUGAAUUUAUCAAAGAAGGAGAAAAAGCGUGCCAAGAAACUUAAAGAAGUAGAACGAGAACUUCUAGAAACAGAAGCUAAAGAGAACGAAACUGCUCGACUGAAGCAGCUCACGGAAGUUACCCGACUCGCCUUCCAUAUUUACUUCCGGUUGCUUAAAACCGCUCCCAGGUCAAAACUACUCAUCGCUGUUUUACAGGGAUUAGCUAAAUUCACACAUGUCAUAAAUUUGGAGUACUACAGUGAUUUAGUUGCGAUUCUGACGCAGCUAGUUCGUGACGAAUUAGUCGAUGCUCGUUCUAGGCUUUUGUGCGUUCGUACAGUACUUGCGAUGUUAUCGGGUGCUGGGGACGCGCUUAACAUUGACCCCCACCACUUUCACGACCAUUUGUACGCAAGUGCCCUCACCGUACACGCUGCAUCAAACGAUUCAGAAAAUCGCUUAGUACUGGAGGCGAUAUCAGCCAUUUGUGGUCGUGCUAGACGCGUAUCGGCCAGUGUGCUUUUGGCAUUCAGCAAACGUUUGGGAACGCUUGCAAUCCAACAACAACAUCACGCGGCAUUGGCUGCUCUUACUUUGCUUCACCAACUUGUACAGCAAAGCAAAUCUGUCUCCUCCCUCCUAGACACGGAAGAAAUAGUUGGAUCUGGUCGUUUUGAUCCUUUCGCGAAGUCGCCUGAACAUUGCGCUGCGCAUGCGGCGACACUUUAUGAACUAAGUGCUCUAUCUCGACAUUACCAUCCUACUACUGUCAAAGUAGCUAACGCUUUACUUGCUGGAGGACCGCUGCCCAAUGAGCUUUUGAAAAUGAGUCCUCUUCAAAUAUUUGACAACUACAACGGCUCGCAAAUGGCCUUUAAACCUGCAAUACCACCUCCGGCAGCAGAAAUAAAAAGAAAGAGUGGUUCAAACCGUCCACACGUCUGGACGCAACAAGAGUUUAAAACACACUGCCUUAAUGUUGAAGAAAAUGUAGAAAUCACGCUUGACAAUGUUACAUAA